AUGCAAAAGCGAUUGCUGUUGCUUGUCUUCUGUCUCUCACAGAUCAGCUUUGGGACCUAUGAUGCAGAACGAAAGAUCGAGCAUGCACGCUUGUAUGGGAAUGUGGACUACUACGCCUAUUAUUUUGUGGACCUUGUCGUGGGCACCCCUCCGCAGAGAGUUUCGGUGAUUCUGGACACUGGCUCCGGCGUUUGUGCUUACCCGUGUGCUAAUUGUGGACACUGUGGCCAUCAUAUUGACCCGGCGUUCGACAUUGGAAAGAGUAGCACAGCGAGAUGGCUUCAGUGCUCAUCGGGCCGUUGUCCUGUUGGGCGUUGCCAGUCGGGAAAAUGCAGCUACUACCAAGGCUACACGGAGGGGUCUUCGAUCUCAGGCUUCUGGUUCGAGGACAUGAUCAGCCUUGGAGACAUGAUCCAGCACAACCCACAGGUCAAUGCCAGGAUGGGAUGUCAUUCCAAUGAGAACAACUUGUUCUUCACCCAAAAGGCAAACGGAAUUAUGGGCAUCGGCCCCUCUGCGCUCAGCGGCCAAGCCAUUCUGGACAAAAUCUUUAAGGACCGUGAGCAUGUUACCCACAAAGUCUUCUCCAUCUGCCUGGCAGAGUGGGGGGGGCAAUUCAACGUGGGGGGCUUUGACGAGUCGUUGCACUCAGGCCAAGUCAAAAGGAUUCGCUUGAAACCAGGUGGCUUCUACAGUGUCCAGUUGACUGCCAUGAAGGUGAAUGGAGUCUCUAUUUCCACAACAUGGGGCAGCACCAUGAUUGACAGUGGCACGACGUACACCUACAUGCGCAGCAGUAACUACAGGGCGCUGAUGAGCGCCAUUGAGACUUAUUGCCGAGGUCACCAGUGCGGCGGCACAAAACAUGGCACGAAGUGCUGGACAUUGCCCCAUGGACCAGAGAAGUUUCCCCACAUCUCUGUCAUUUUUGAUGGCGUGGAGACGAAGUGGGUUCCAAAAGCGUACUUUUACAGGAAAGGGAGAACCGACACUUACUGCUACGGCUUCGAAGAUGACGGCCCUCGUGCGAACACUGUGCUGGGGGCGGUUUGGAUGACGCACCAGGACGUCAUUUUCGACAUGGAAAAGAACGAAGUCGGAAUCGCUCCGGCAAGUUGUCCGGAGUACAAAGAUCGUGACCGACCAUCGCAUUCAGCAAAGGCUCCGCUCGAUGUCGGCCAGACAAAGGGACAGCCUGGCAGCGAGCGCGAUCCGCAGCGAGCGCGGAGGUGGGGGCUCAUGUGGAGCCUUUCAACGCUGCAGGUCAAAAGCACGGUGCCAAGCAGCACCACCGCUCCAUCCAACCAGGAUGCCAUCCCUGCUCGGUUCUUGGGACAAGAUCCCCUGCACUUCAUCGGGGCCAUCGUGGCUGGAGUUCUGAGCGUGACCUGGAGCACAUGGCACGUCAAACUGAAAGAAGACGAGGAGUCUGGCAUGUGCUGGUCCUAG